CUGCGGAACUUCGGCUUGCUAGCUGUUGUUGGACCACAGCGCUCAUAAUCUCUGACCUUUGGCCACUGAUGGGAUCUGUAGUCCAACCAUGUCUGGAGGCUAGGCAGCCUGGGCGGAUCCUGAUGCCAACGAACGCCAUUUCCCCUAUGCCAGAUCGCAGCCACUGGGAAGGGACGGAAAUCCAGAUGGUGACCAUGGCAGAGAGUAGAGUUAAAGGCUCCCUCCCUCCACACCGCAAUCUCAGCUUCGAUCCUGGCUACACACCCCUGCUGUUUACCCAACAAUGCACACAGGCCUGCAUCACACGAGAGGCGUGUCUGGGGUUGACUCUGCAGCAGGCCGGAUUUGAGGACCUAUGAGGAGUCCUUAUCCGGCUGAAGGAUGUUGGCCUUGGGUUGUGUGGCCAGCUACACAAACAAAGGUCUGCAUCAAGGAUCAUCAGCACCAGCUCCAACUUGUGGCAAUCCAAGGCCUAUUACUCGGAUGGCGGGAGGACUGAAUGCCCAGCGUGGGGAGUGGCCGUGGCAAGUCAGUCUCCAGUACAAAGAUCUGCACGUGUGCGGUGGAAGUGUUAUACACAAUCGGUGGAUCCUGACUGCUGCCCACUGCUUUCUUGAGGUUGGAGUUGGGCACCAUACGUCCAACUGGAAAGUGGUCUUGGGCCAAGUGAAACUGACAGACAAGAAGGCCGUGGGGGUGAAACAGGACGUUGACCAGAUUAUCACCCACCCGGACUACACCAACUUUGACAAAGGCUACGACAUUGCCCUGGUGCGCCUUGCCAAGCCGGUGAAAUACACCCGGGAUAUAUCGCCCAUCUGCCUGCCGAACGCCAACCACCGCUUUGCCUUUGGGACACAGUGCUGGCUCAGCGGCUGGGGAGACAUUGGCAUGAACACCACCCUGCCAGACCCCAUGCCUCUCCAGGAGGUCAAUGUGGACAUGCUGACAGCGGACACGUGCAACUGCAUUUAUGCCAACCUGCGGGACAGGAAGAUUGUCAACCCAGCCCUGCCUGGCAUGAUCUGUGCCAUGACUCCUGACCGCAAGAGGGGUCCCUGCAAGGGUGAUUCAGGUGGUCCUCUGGUUUGCCUGGAGCAUGGCCGAUGGUUCCAGGCUGGACUGAUGAGUUUUUCUCUGGGCUGCGGCUCUUUCUAUGGACCCAUCAUCCUGACCGAGGUCACGGCCUACGUUGACUGGAUACAGCAAUACAUCAAGGAGGCCACCUUUACUAAUCAGUCGGAACCCGUGCCCACCACCACAGACAAGUACAUGUGCAGAGGUUGUGGGGGGCUGAAGCCGGACAGGCCUGGCAUGGGUGGAGAAGGAUCGUGGCCCUGGUAUGUGAGUCUGCGACACGAAGGGAAGCAUGUCUGCGGAGGCACUUUGGUUGCCGAGGACUGGAUUGUGACCGCCGCACAGUGCUUCAUUGGGCGUGAGGAGCACAAGGGCUGGGAGGUGCUGCUGGGUGAGCGGCAGGAAGGGACAAAACAGAAGUGGCAGGAGAAGAGGACCCUUCGCAAGAUCGUCGUUCAUGCCGCCUACGUCAACAUGACGGAAGGCAAUGACAUUGCCAUGGCCAUGCUGUCUCGUCCUGUGGUGUUGGACAACAACAUCUCAGCCAUCUGCACCCCGUACUCCAACCACCAGUUCCCAUAUGGCUCUACCUGUUGGACCCGUGGGCGGAGGACUGAUAGGCCCCAGAGGCCAAAUUCAACAGAGGGAGUAGAGGCAAAAAUUCUUGGCCCCCGAAAGUGUAACUGCAUUUACCAAAAAAACAGCAACCCUGGGAGCGAGAUCACCAUCACCCCUGAAAUGGUGUGUGCCAAUCCUCAGAAAAGCACCAUGCGCUGUGAGGAAGGCAUCGGGGAACCACUGGUUUGCAACGAGAAGGGGAAAUGGUUCUUGGCAGGCAUCUCCAGCUUUGGAAGGGGCUGUGGGACUGUCGUCCAUCCAGGGGUUUACACGGCAGUAGCUUCCUACCAGGAGUGGAUCAUGGGGUUCGCAUGGUCUGUUUUCUACGAAGUGCAAGAACUAUAUCCCGCUUCAGUAGUCAAGGACGAAGACACCUGCCUAAACGAUUAGCCUCCAGGGGCAUGCUACAGAUAACAAGAUGGAAGCUACUCAGAGGACAUAACUGAACUCCGUACAGACUGACUUUGUGGAAUUGCAAUCCUGCUUUCCCCCCUGCAGCAUUUGGUUCUCGUGGAAAAUGCCUUUUAUUUUAUUUUAUUUAUUUAUUUAUUUAUUUAUUUAGAUUUUUCUACCGCCUUUCCUCUUAAAACAGAAACCCUUCUGACAUCAUUGACGGCUUCCGUCGUUCAGCCGAGUCUUGGGAGGUGCCCUAGUAAUGGCGACCCGCCUGGUUUUUAUACAUGGUAUAAUCUCAGAUGCGACCAAAAGGAGACUCUCUGGGUUUGUGUGGGGCACCCAUCAUCCUUGAUUGCCACCACACCCUCCAUGUGACAGGAUGGGCACAGCAGAAAGACAGACAAGAUGUGACUACUGCUAAUUCACAUCCUCCUCCCCUCUCCCAUUUUACAGACAGGAAACCCGAAGCCAGGAGUCCAGUUCUGCCAUGCAGGAUGGGGGUGGGUGGGAACUCCUCUUCCUUGGCCCAUCCUGUAGGAGUGCUGUGAGAUUUGUCUGCUUUUGUGGAAAAGCAAGACACCACGGCCAACCCUGCCCAGAGCUGGAACUCACCGGAACUGGUAUAAUAAACAUGUUUGGGCUGAGCUUUUAAAAAAUGUACCAGUAAAUAAUAUCUUUACAAGCAACCUCUGAACACUUGCUAGCUGGGCUAAGAGGCAUAAGCAGUGGCUCGCUUGUGUUUAGCAGAGGGAGAGCAAUUGCCCUCUCCAACCUUGCCCCACACCCACCCAGAGACUACAGCUGGUCUCUCCCUCAAGUUGCUUUUUAGAUUGUGAGCUCUUUUGCAACAGGGAACCAUCUUCUCCUUGCUUUUUAACUUCAUUUCAUUGUUGUUGUUGUUUUUAAAUUGCCAACUCCAUUGUGAAUGGUUUUUUCCCUUGAAAAGCGGUAUGUAAAUCCCCUUAAUCAUAAAUCGUAAUUUAUGUCCUAGUGAAUUCAGUGCAUCAUGUGACGUCUCAGCUGCUACUGGGACUGACACAAGGAUGUGAAAAAUCCUCCAGUCUGUUUUUGAACCAAAAUAUAGAGAUGGACCAAAUCAAUUUUGCCACCAGUGCAGUGGUUUCUUUGGUUUUUAUUUACUGUGCUCCUUUUUUAAAAAAACUAAUUGUUCUAAUGUGUUUUGAUUUGUUUUUAUGUCGAACUGUAUGAACCUUGAUACCUUGCAAUAAGGCAGGAUAGAAGUUCCUGAAAUAAAUGUCCCACCUUUCAGGCUAAUCAGGUUGCCUUGGGCCACAUGGGCACCAUAUUUCAGCUUUCUGGCCAUGUGGCAGGACCUUAGCCGACUUCCAGUCCUUCGCCUGGCAGUCAGUCUCAAGCAGAUUUAUAUCACUACAUUUACAGCCUUCCUUCAAGGAACUUGGACCCGGGUUUGAGCCUCUUGACGAUUCUGUAGCACAGGGGGCAGGAAGAAUGCUGAGAGAUGGUCAUUUCAGCGAGAUUCACAACACAGCCAGAACAGAAACUAGUUUCCAAGACUAACGCACUACCCCAGGGGUUCUUAAAUUUGGGGACCCAGACUUGAGAAGCCCCCUACUCUACCCAUUUCACCACAUGGGCUCUCCUGGAGCCUUAGUACUUCUAGUUCUACAUUGACCUUAGUUUUGGGAGUAAGACAUGGAUGGGAGAUCAUUGAACUCCACCCAAAGAAUUUGUGCGUUACCCCAUCUCUGCUAGUUUCCCCAUGACCCAGUAAAGAACUUCCUGUCUUACCAGGAAUUUAAUCCCGUUAAUUGCUGCGAGAGUUUAAUAGAUGCUAUGCCAUUUGCCUGAUGGGCUUUCAUGGCUUCUGUGAUCCCUUUUAAUUAUUGCUGUCAUUGAAUGUUUUAUUUGCUGCUUUUAUGUGGCAAAUGGUUUUCAUACUAUUUGAGUUUAUUUGAUAUUGUUUUAUUUAUUACAUGUUGUGAUCUACUUUUGGGCACUGAAAAAUGGAAAUGUAGGAUUCAAGGCAAAAGAGAGCGAGAGCGAGAGCGAGAGCGAGCACAAACCCUGGAAUCCAGGCCUCUAUUUGUGAACAUCUUUUGUCAAUGCUCAUUUUGUUACUUUUCAUUUGUAAAACUGACACGUGUGUAUUUACCACUGCUGUGUCAUAAAGCAAAAUAAAUAAAUAAUUUAUUUGAAGAA